AUGGCCAAUGGUCAGGAGAUGAUUGUCGUCACGGUCAACUACAGACUGGGAGUUUUUGGUUUCCUUUCGACCGACGACGUUAACCAGCCUGGAAACAAUGGAAUUCGCGACCAGUUGCUUUCACUGCAGUGGAUAAAUCAGAAUAUUGGCCUGUUUCAAGGCAACCCCAAUCAGGUGACCAUAAUGGGUCACGAUGCCGGUGGAGUUUCCGUAGGCAUGCACCUCCUGAAUCAGGAUGCUGCCAAGUACUUCCGGUCAGCUGUCUCUAUCAGCGGCACCGUCUUUAGCCCAUGGGCUUUUGAAGAUGUGCCAGUGCAACAGGCUCGUGAUUUCGGCUACCGUUUUGGUUGUCCCUACCAAACGGACAAACUAGUGGAGUGUCUUCGAUACGCUGACGCCAAUUCACUCAUUCAGACGACGCUCGACUCGGUUGACGUAAACAGUAACCGCAAUCCAUUUUGGUUCCGAGCAGUGGUCGACAAGAACGUCACUACGUCUGCGCUGCUCGCCGAUUUUCCCCAACAACUGUACCAGGCGGGAAAAAACAAUCGCGUGCCAUACCUGGUGGCAGGCACUUCCAAUGAAGGCAGUCUAGAGUUUUACCUUCAAUCAGAACGUGUGAAGAGCUUUCAAGAGCUAGACGCCAAAAUUGCUUUUCUAAUUAGACCGUACCUGAAGCACUACACCAAUGAAGAUGCCAUUGCUGCCGCCUUUUCCUUCAAGUACUUUAAUCGAACCCAUCGAGCCUACUCAGCCAGUGGGACAGGCAAUCUCUUCUCCGGCGCAUCGAAUCCCUACUCCCAGCAGUCUGCCAUCAGUCAGAACAAUGCGUACAACACCUUUGGCCACCUCAACCAGUACGGCGGCAGCAACACGGGCAGUGGAGUUCAGUACGGCACUGUUUCGGGCUACAAUGAACUGCAGUCGAAUCAAAUUUUUUCUCAGAUGCUGGGCGACUACCUCUACCUUGCACCGAUGGACAAUGCGGCCAAGCUGCACGCCGCUUCCGGCGCCGAGGUGAUCAUGUUGGUGUUUGACUACACGGGCAGCAAGUCUUUUGGCACCCUACAGAUCGGAGCUCCUUCGGUGUCACGCGACAACUACGGUGCGACGCACAACAAUGAUUUGUGGUACAGUUGGCUCAAUGAGUACGACCUGACCCCGCUGACUGGAAAUGAGUUUACCCUCUACCGAAGUUACAGCUCAUUUCUGGCGCAAUUUGUGCUUCUCGGCACUGCGAGCAAGAACUUUCUCCGGUACACUCCGCAAACGCCCAACUACGUCAGCAUCCGUUUUCCUAGCACACAAACGACCAAUGUAGUGGCGCAGUUUGGUCGUGGCUAUCGAACGGAUUACUUUGACUUUCUCAACGACUUUUUAGCUCAACUAAUUGAGAAGAGCAAAAUCUUCCCGCCGUACUUUCCCAUUGAGGAGUACAAGUCAUACCAAACGGCCACCUGGAGCUUAGUGGGCGUGGUCAUUCUUGUAGUCGUCCUCGUCGUCAUUGCUGGUGCCAUUCUGUUCCUCCGAAAGAAGGACAACGGUCCGAGUGAACAGGUUCGACUGAAGAGAAGGAGAGAUGAGUCAGAUCCACUUAAUGGCUAG